GCCACCGAAGAGAAGAUCUUUAAGAUUUGGGAACACCAAAUCAAUGAUGAACAAUGGCGAUUCAACGCCAAGUUCUGAUCCCGACGAGCGCUUCCCAUAACAAGAGUAUGAAGUAUCUGGGUAUGUACCUGGUCCUUUGUCUUUUGAUGACGAAGGCUAUCUUGAUGAUGAUUCUGACGAUUCCGAAAAUAAGAGGCAGAGAGUAUAACCUUUUGAGCUGACAAAUUCUUUGAUUAGAAGCUGCAUACAUUUUAGAUCCAUUCCUCAAAUAAUUAGUUCUUACAGUGCCUGGACAACAUAUGAAGCUCUGAAUGCACCGCUGAAAGCUAUGACAAGCCGAAUUACUUGGAUUAAUAGUGAAUCUGGCACGUUAAAUAAUCCGCUGGCUUAGGAGAAGGAUCUCUUUGCUCUAAUUGAAGAUAAGAAGAUUGUAUCUGACCUAUGUCAAAUUCACUGGAACAGUUUUAAAGGUCUCGUAUAGUUGAUCCCCCAUGGUGAAGAUAUGGUCUACCCCUAUGUUGGAGCUGAGCAGGAAAAAAUUGAUAUGCAUGCCACUAGUUGUUUGUUAUUUUGCACCGGUUUUGACAGAGCUGGAGCUUUUAGUCACCUCUAUGGUACGUACAAUUGGUGAGAAAUUUCCAGACUUGUUUACUUCACUUUUUCAACUACCAAACAGCCAGUCUCGCUGUUCAUCUUGUCCCAAUCACUGGAGGAUGUGGCAAGGACGCCGAGCAGAGGAAGUGAAGAGGACGAACGCAAUCUCUGCAGUAUGCGUUCUAAUCAAGAACCUGGAAACAAUGGAGGGGACAGACAUAGGACACCGCGCAGAAGCAAUGGAGGAGACGAACGCAACCUCUCCAGUACGAGUUCUGAUCAAGAACCCGGAAACAAUGGAGGGGAAGGACAGAGGUCUGCUGGAACUGUGGAAGGAGAAGAUAUGAUUAGCUAAUAGUGUAUGCUGAUGUGGAAAUGUCUGCUGGAACUGUGGAAGGGCAAAAUCUACAAUUUUUUCGAAUUUCAUAUGGUCAAAUGUCCUUGGCAAUUGAUUUGCUGGAAUUGGCUUUCAAAGGUUGCCUUACCCCUAUUCUUGUUGUCAUGUUUCACACCAACUCGAACCAGAGUUUGGCGAACUUGAAGAAUCUGAGCUUUGCGUUAAGCUCUGUGAAUCAUUACAUUGGACAUAUUUGUCACAUUUAUUGAUAUUCAAACGAUCUGCAUACAUUCGCAGAGUACAUUCUGUUGGAUUACAUCUGCUUAAUGCAAGAGCAUACACUGCUAUAGACUUGCAAAUCUCUGCUAUGAGCUCAAGGAUGGAUUUUUUAAAAGACUGGGAGAAUGCUGAUGAUCGUAAAGAAUUCGAACUGCUCCAUCGAGAUAUUAAUACUUUAAACUCCUCUUGGAAGAGUUGAAUGCUCGUUUCUCUGUUGAUGUUUUUAUCGAAGAAUUUUUUUUUUUUUACAAAAGAUAAUCCAUUAGAUCAAAGAACGAUAGUUACAUCCUGGAAGACAGUCAGGCCUGGAAAUCAAAGAAACGGCACGUAGCCCUGUACAAAGACAGGGCUUUCCUAGCCACCAAAUGGGCUACCCUAUUGUUACUCCGACCUACAAACCGUACAC